AUGGAUGAGCGGCACCUGGACACCGGCACACUCGAGAAGAUCAACCGCGUCGUGAGGCCGACGGAUGUGCCCGACGAAGGAAUGCUUUUCGAUCUCCUGUGGGCCGAGCCCAAUCCUGACAUCACAGGCUUUGUGGAUGAAAUCCGCAUGCGAAAUUGUUUCGGCCCGGAUGUGGUGGCACCGUUCCUGGAGACACAUGGCCUGGACCUGAUCUGUCGCUCUGCGCUGACGGAGCAAGGCUACGAGUAUUUCCGUGGGACACCGAUGGUGUCCCUGACCAGCCACGUCAGCGACGAUUUCAGCAACCCUGGGGCCGUGAUGCUUGUCGACGAACAGGUGAAGCCAUCCUUCCUCCUCUUCGAUGCAGAGGGCACUUUCAACUUGGCCGUUUGUCCCAUCCCAGCCGAUCAAAUCUCCAUGCUGGCACUCCAACUGAUGGUGCCCAAGGCUUGGCUCGAACAUCGCGUGUUCGAUUGGAUCAUCGCCACGCGCGGCAGUGCGCAGACACGCAACGUCAAGAACUUCCGGACAUGGGCCAAGAGACAGGCAGAUCGCUACGCAGCCCGCCAGGGGUGGAGGGGCAUGCUGCAGCCAGCAGAAUCCAUGGAGACGAUGGCUGAAGCUGCUGAGGUCGACCUGGCAGAGCCCACCCUUUUGGAGCCUGAAGGAGCCACGGAAGUGCACACGUCGCCCAAGUCCCACGCAGAGCCGGCGGACGAUGCAGGCGCCAUGGAAGUGGAGGCGCCACCAGAAUCUCACACAGAGCCGGUGGACGACGCAGGAGCCACGGAAGUGCAGACGUCCCCCAAGUCUCACGCAGAGCCGGUGGACGAUGCAGGCGGCAUGGAGGUGGAGGCGCCACCAGAAUCUCACACAGAGCCGGUGGACGACGCAGGAGCCACGGAAGUGCAGACCUCCCCGAAGUCUCACACAGAGCCGGUGGACGAUGCAGGAUCCAUGGAAGUGGAGAUGCCGCGGGGAUCUCACACCGAGCACGUGAAGAGCGCAGGAGCCACCGCAGUGCAGACCGCACCGGAGUCUUGCACAGAGCAGUUGCAGGGCGCAGAUGCUGCCGAAGAAAGUGCGAAGGCAGACGUCUGA